AUGGUAUAUCGAGAUGCCAUCACAGACGAAGAUAUCCUUGAUGGCCUUGAUGUAAGAUAUCUAAAAUUCUUCGGACUAUGGAAGAUAAUCAACGAUUACAGAACUACUGGAAAGAAAAAUGCUAUCGUGAAAUUUCACCUUCUUCUUACCAUUCUUGUUUCAGUCCCUUAUGUAUUCUUGCAAUAUCUGAGCUAUUUCUUCAUCGAUGUUGAUAUGCAGAAAGCGACUUAUCUGAAUGUGAAUACAUUACCGGCUAUCCAAGCUUGCUGCAAGGUCCUGGUUUUGUGGUUGAGGCUCGAGAGUGUUUGCAAGUUUUCUGAUCUCAUGAGGAAGGACUAUCUUCAAAUAUCUGAAGAGAAUAGAGUUGCAGCAAGUGAAAUAUCCAAGGGGAUAACUUCCAAGUCGAACAUACUUUACAAAACAGCUCUGUGUAUGAAUGCUAGUUCGGCGAUUGUAUAUCUGCUAAGUCCUGGAAUAUCUGUGGAUUACAUACUUUACCAUACUGGAAAUAUGGCUGCCGUUACUACAGGAAGAAAAAAACAUCUCGCAGCGUGGUAUCCCCUACCUAUCGAUAAAUCGCCAUAUUUUGAAAUAGUUUUUGCCUUCGAAGCAUUACUCAUAUCAUGGGAUGCUAUAAUUCUUGUUGUGUAUAUUUGUAUGUAUUAUCAAUUUUUAACAUGUCUCUACGCGCAAUUUACCUUACUCGGUCUUCAAAUGUCAUCCUUAAAGAAUGAAAAUGAUAAAAGUACAUAUGACAAACUACGUGAAACUCUGAAAAGCCACAAGGAACUCUUGAGUUACACAAACGAAUUAAAGACAGUUUACAACCCUUUGGUGACGAUGAUUUUAGGAAUUGGGAUAUUUGUUCUAAUAAUGUCAGUUUUCCAGUUUUUAUUCGGUAAAACGGGGGAUCCAAUGGUGAUUAUAAAGUCUCUGCAAUUUUUGGGCUUUCACGGGCUGGAAGUUUCGAUGUUCUGUUUUGGUUCUUCAGCUAUCGAGAGUGCAAGUUCUGAAAUAGACUUCGCUAUCUACAGCAGUGAUUGGUCCAAUUGUGAUAUUAAGUUCAAAAUGGCCGUGCAGAUGGUGAUGAUAAAAGCACAGAAAGGAUUGACUCUUACAGCAAUCAGGAUGGUUCCUAUAAACCUAGAAACCAUGGUCUCUAUCUUCAAGUUCACGUAUUCUACAGCUGCUUUUAUGUCAAGAAUGACGGAAUAGAAUUUUUUCGUAUCAUCAUUUGUAUUGUUAUGUAAUUAAUUAUAUUAUGUACACUGAGAUAUCAUAUCAAUAUUCACAUAGAUACAAGUAGAUUUAAAAAAAGCAAAAUUAAUAAAUAUCAAUC